UUUGCUGCUGACAUCACUAUUUCUGCGAACAUUCCGGUUUGAUCGUCAUUUGUGCCAUCACCAUUGCUGCUGGAGUAGGUAGCUUGUGUUUUGUUUUAAGAUCAAUCCGCACAAACCCAGUGAUUAGAAAUAUGACUUCAACGUUGAACUUCUACGUCGUUGGAGAGGUCAUCUGUGAUGAGAUUCUGGGCUUGCUGGAAAAAUAUGCCAACGAAACGUUGGCGAAACAAGAUGUAUUUCGUGUUGGCGUUUCAGGUGGAUCCUUGGCCGAAGUUCUAACGGAAGGCAUGUACGAUCUCCGAACCGACUUCAACAAAUGGCAGAUUUUCUUUUGCGAUGAACGUAUCGUUCCGUUCGAUAGUAACGAUUCCACCUAUGGAAUGUUCAAGCGUGACCUCUUAGACCGGAGGGCUCAAGUUCCAAAGACGGCCUUUUUCCCAGUAAACACCGAUCUUAGCCCAGUCGAAGCGGCUGCCGAUUACGAGAAAACUAUCCGGAAAGCUUUUCGCAUGGAAAAUAGUAAGGAAAUACCGUCGUUUGAUCUGUUGAUUCUUGGUAUCGGUCCCGACGGUCAUACGGCUUCGCUAUUUCCCGGGCAUCCGGUGCUGGAGGAAAAGACGAAACUAAUUGCUCCGAUUGAGAAUUCACCGAAGCCUCCGCCGAAUCGGGUCACAAUGACCUACCCGUUGAUCAAUGGUGCUAAGGUGUGCAUGUUCGGAGCGCAGGGGAAAUCGAAGGCGGAGAUUUUGAGGAAAAUCCUUGUGGACAAAGACCAAACUCUCCCGGUUACCCAAGUAGAUCCUAAGAAUGGACAUCUGAUUUUCGUGGCCUGUGAUGAAGCUGCCUCACUCGUCGAUAUCAAUCCAAACCGGGAAAAGGACGAAUAGAUCCAGCUACGCUUAUGUCGUCCUGUCUCUCUGACUCUAAAGAUAAUCACAAAGUGCAUUUCACCUGACCCAUAAAGGUGCCUAAUCGGGGAAAAAUUCAGAAAACGUACAAAGAAACAUUGUUGUGAAGGGAAUUUCUUUUUAUUAUUGAACGAGAAAAAUUGAAUAAAUAUUUUUGUUUUUGAUUGUUUUAUCACUAAA